UUGAAACUAAAUUCGUCUGUUUCACUUUUUUAUUACCUAGAUAUCAAUGAAUGUGAUAACGACACGAACGAUUGUCACGUGAACGCAAAUUGUACAAACACCCUAGGAUCCUUUAACUGUACUUGCAAGGCGGGAUAUAUUGGAGAUGGAAACAAAUGUUCAGCUGUGGCCGGAUCCUGCAAGGAGCUACUUGACCUGAACCUAUCUUCGGGUAAUAAAGCCUACCCACUAAAGCUGGGAUCAUCAAUUGAACUUGAUGUCUACUGUCACAUGGCUAAUGAUCUUGGUGCAUGUGGAGGUAGCGGAUGGACGCUGGUUAUGAAAAUUGACGGUAAUAAGGAAACCUUCCACUAUGAUUCAAGCCUUUGGAGCAACAAAAAGACCCAUAAUACUGAAGGAGGGAAGACUGGUUUUGACAUGCAAGAGGCCAAGCUACCAACCUACUGGAACAUGUCGUUCUCCAAGAUCUGUCUUGGCAUGAAGAUCCCUGGACAGGAAACCACCAAUUUUAUCUCGAUUAACAAAAAGGCUGACUCGCUGUACUCACUCAUCGCUGACGGGCAGUUCCGCGCCACAUCACUGGGCCGCAACAGGUGGAAAGCGCUACUUGGUUCAAAAGAUACCUUGCAGCUCCACUGUAACAGGGAGGGCUUUAAUGCAUACUGUGGCUAUCCCAAGGCAAGAAUCGGUAUUCUUGGUAACAACGAAAACGACUGCAACACCUGUGACUCUUUCAUUGGGUUUGGUACCAAGGACUCAACAAAAAGUGGCCCGUGUGGAGAUAGGCACAUCAAAGUCAUGGGUUAUAUCUUGAUUCAGUGACACCCGCGUAUUGCUUAUUUUGCAUUCGUGCGGGACAUGUUCAUAAGAAAAAGCUGAAAGUACUAGUGUUUGCUUUGUAAUCAGAACUUCAUUAAAUAAUCAGAAUAUGUGGUAACCCGAAACUUAUGUACAAUGCUGGAACCGCUGAUCUGUACUUCCCUGCAUUACAUAGAGCGCUUUUAAAUUAAGCGUCGUUAAACCAAAACCAAACCAAUAAGUUACCAAUGAUAGGCACAAUUAGUUAGUAUACUUUCGCAGUACUCGCCUAACUUAUAAUUACUUUGAAUUGUUUUGAAAAUAAGAGCCGAAGAGAAGGGGUUGGCAAAACUUCUAUUAAAAUAUAAUCAAUAUGAAAAUAUGAUCAACACGUAUGACAGUGUAUUCCUUUCAAAUUUGGUUUACCUCUCUCAAGACCUUUUUAUGCAAAAAAGGAUGAACAAAAAAAUUAAAAAAGAAAAUUUAUUGCAUACUCAUAAAGCUAUUUCUGCUAUGACUCAGCUUGAAGCUUUGAGUUCCAAAGAUGAUUAAUUAAAAAUCAUUUUAGUUUUAAGUCACGUGGACGGUAAGAUAUGCGAAGGAAAUAAUUAUGGUUGGAAAAUAUGGUCCUUGCAGAUAUGUGAAGAUUACAGUGUUAACAAAUUACGUACAUAGCCAGCAUCUCGAUCUAGUUUCUUUAAACUUGUCAGC